GUGUGUGUGUGUGUGUGUGUGUGUGUGUGUGUGUGUGUGUGUGUGUGCAUGUGUGUUUUUUAUGAAUGAAGUGAGUCACUGCGAUGUGUCAUAGGCCCGACGUCUUUAUAAAGGAAGUUUUAAACAAGCCUAAACACUUCACUGCGCGCAAAAAAUUGGACUUACCACACUCGCAUCCCUCUCUGACUUCUGUUGCCUCUCUCUCUCUCUCUCUCUCUCUCUCCAAACGGUCCAAGUGUCUCUCUGCCUCCAGCGCGCCAUAAAGACCACCAGGACCCAUCUCAAACUUUGCCAGAGACAGAAAGUUUGACUACUUUUACUUUUUUUUUUUCUUCAAACAUCUCAGAGAGGUGCAGUCAUCCCUCUCCUCUCUCAUUCAUCCUCUCGCGUCCUGAGCGCUUUCCUCCUCACUCUGACUGAAGAGUGCGAAGAAGAAACCGGAGCACGUGACUGUUUCCGGAGUUCCAUUUAUUUAUUAUUUUUCUAUUUAUUUAUUGGUCCACCGUUUGUUUGCUGGUUUACCUGUCGCCUGGAUCCGACCAAAUAUGAAAUCGCUGCUCAGCUCCUCCCGGCUGCUCCUCUUCUCGCUGCUGCUGGCUCAGCUGCCCGUGUUCACCAAUGCCUCGCCAGUACCGCAGCGGCGACAGACCGACAUGGACAAACUGUCCAAUCAGACCAAAAAUCUGAUGAAGCUCACCCAGGAACUGCUGAGGGAGCAUGCAUUCGACGCAGAUGUGGAGCCCCACCGGUUCAGAUCCCUGCCGGAAAUGAGCAACAGAUCAGCCAAUGACCUCAAUAAUCUUGAGCUGAAGCCCACACUCUCGCAGCUGCAUGCCGACUUGAAGCUGUAUGAGCACCACUUUGAGUGGUUGAACAAGGUUUCAAAGAAGCACCACCACCCGGCACUGCCCAAGCUGGUGGAGAUGAUCAGAGAAAUGAAAUCACUCAUCAAUCUGCUGCACCGUCAGAUGCUGAGAGUCGAAGCCCCGAAGCUGACUCAGGCAACCCCCUCCCUCCCGCCUCACCUGCCCUAUCAGUUUGAUGUCCUGCAGUCCAGCCACGAGCUCCUUCAACACUUCAAGCUCUUCUGUGAUUGGGCGUACCGAGCGUUCAUCAGCCUCAAGCCCAAAUCCUCUCCAGGACAAUGACGAUCCAAGCCCGUUCAUUCUUUUCCUCCUAACUACGCGGCGGCAGAGCCAGUGAUGAUACACGGAGCCGUGCCUCAGCCAAAGGGGAAUUAGGACCAUGUCGGUGUGCACUGUAUUCGACUGCAUCCCUUAAGAGGCCAAAUUUAAACCAAUGACGUUUGUGUUGAGAAAUUAGUUUUACAUCACAGCCAAUACGGAUGUGCAAUACUGCAGCCAGUUACAACGUCAAGAGUCCUGUUAAAGCAAACUGCCAGUUUAAAUACAUAGAUCAUGUCCCAAGUCCCCGAACUGUCUCCUAAAGGCCUUGUCCAUGACCUUGUCCAUGUCCAUGGCCUUGUCCAUGACCUUGUUAUUUAUAUAUUUAUUUAUUUAUUGACGGUUGGUAAUUUAUUUGAUUUUAUUUAUUUAUUUUAAGUUGUCGUGCGUCACUCAAAUCUUUGUUUUUGUGUUAACGUGAAUUUAUUUGCCCACAUUUCUGUAAUCGUUCUUUUUGUCUUGUGUCUCACUGAUCGACUCUCAAGAAAAACACGGCAGCACUUCCUUGCUUUUGUUCAGACGAAAUCAAUCUACUUCGCGUUUGUGUAUUUCUUUAUCCAAUAAUUCCUCCAGUUGAAGUAGCAUAGACGACAGCCAACUCUUUCCCAAUAUCUCACUUACAGGGCCUGUAAAUUUAGAAAAUGUUAAUGUUAUCUCCUGACCAUGUCCAAAUAUAUUAACAUAUCAAUUCAAAAUGUCAAGUGCUUGUCGAAAGAGAAGUAAAUAUUCUCCUUUUGUCCAGGGGCAGAGUCUCUGUUGCGUGUUUCUCAUGCGUUUGGGGUACAGUUGUAUGAAUAUGCCCCUGCUGA